UAGCAUUUCUCUGGCCCUGCUCUCCCAGAGACCCGGGAAACUCGGGGGUUUUCCUCCUUUUCUGAUUUCCAGUUGUGCUGGUUUCCCCCCUGCUGCCCCAUGAAGGCCGGAGCAGCCGCCCUGGCAGCCGGGAUCCUCGGAGGCAUCGGGGUGCUGCUCUUCCUCAUCGCCUUUGGGACGGAUUAUUGGCUUCUGGCCACGGACACCUGUGGGGUCUUCGACCAUGGGAACAGCACUCUGAGCACCAGGGGGGCUGAGACUCCAACAGAGGCUGGGAAGGAGAUCCUCACUUUCCACCACGAGGGUUUCUUCUGGCGGUGCUGGUUCUUUGGCGAGGGCCACCCCGAGACCAUCUGGACCUUCUGGUACACCAGCCAAGCACACCCCAAGUUCUGCAUGCACGGCUACCUCUUCCCCAUGCCCAUUGCUGUGGGACCUUUCCCCCACCCCUCCUAUGACACAACUGCAGUGUACAGAGGUUUUUGGACGGCGUUCAUCCUGCUGGCCGUGGCCGCCGGGCUGGUGGGGGGGCUCCUGCUGGUGUGUGGGGUCCCCUUCUCCAGCCCCCACUCCUACAAAGUUGGGGGAGGAUUCCUGCUGCUCUCAGGAGGUUUGUUUCUCCUGCUCGUGUUUCUCUUUGUGAUGUGGAAGGAGUUUGCAGCUGAUUUUCAGAAGUACAUCCUCCUGGAGAGGAGCGAGGAGUGCCUGGAUGAUGUCCCCGUGCACGUCUACUACGGGUGGUCCUUCAUGUUCGCCGCCGCCGGGGUGCCCCUGGUGCUGCUCUCUGGACUCCUCUUCUUCCUGGUGGGCAGAGACAUUAUGGAUUCCCUGCAGUAAGACAAAUGUGGAGAAGGCUUUGAGAAAAUUGGUGAUGCUCCUUGUAAAGAAACACACCCAAGUUUUGAGGACUUGAUCGUUUUUUGUAGCUCUAAUUGUCGGGAUAGGUUACACUCGUUGUCAUGGGGAAGCAGGGAUGGAGAACUGGGCAUCCACAGAGUCCCAGGAUGGUUUGGGUUGGAAGGGACCUUGAAACCUGUCCUGUUCCUGCCAUGGACAGGGACACCUUCCCUUAGCCCAGGCUGCUCCAAGCCCCGUCCAACCUGGCCUUGGACACUUUCAGGGAUCCAGGGGCAGCCACAGCUUCUCUGGGCACCCUCACAGCCAGGAAUUCCUUCCCAAUAUCCCAUCCAUCCCUGCCCUCUGGCAGUGGGAAUCCAUUGCCCCUUAACCUCCAGCCUUUAUUCCCAGCCCCCUCCAGCUCUCCUGGAGCUCCUUCAGGCACUGGAAGGGGCUCUGAGCUCUCCCUGGAGCCUUCUCCAGGUGAGCACCCCCAGCUCCCCCAGCCUGGCUCCAGAGCAGUGGUGUCCAACCACUGCCCAUCCCAAAGCAGCCCCAGCUGAACAUCCAGCUCCAGCCUUCUUCCACUUUGAUAUUUCAGCACGUUGGUGGGGUUUGCACCAGGUUUUUCCGCAGCCCAAGGGAAAGCAGCUCUCUGUCAGCAGAGCUCUCCACAUCCAUAUUCAGCAGAGCUGGAGUUUUAUAGCAUUCCCAGCAUCCUGGUUUCUUGUAAAAGGAAAUCGAAUCUGGCUGCGAUGGUGCAAGCAAUAAUGUCUAUUUCUAAAAAGCAAUUAAGGAUGAUUUUUUUUCCUUAGCUGGCUCUAAUUGACGUCAAAAGAAAACCAUUUUAAUGGGAUGUCGGGAAACAUGAGAAACUUUUUUCUUCCUUAAAAUCCCUGAUUCUGAAGAUACAAAUGUGCCUGGACCCAACCUAACCUUCAAUAAGGGAAUAAACCAAUUUCUGUGGCUUGAAACAUAACGGGAAUUAAUUUGUAUUUCUUUACAGCGAUGCUUUAUUCUGCAUUUAAUAUUUUCCCUGGAUACAGUUUUGUGGGGAUUCCCAAUGCAGAAACUGAAAGGUGAUCCUGGUUGAGGGAAAAGGAGGGGGGACAACAUCAUGAUAUUGUGAUAUCACUUUGGGUUGUGCCUGUGCCUCAUCACUUCUUCAAGUGGCAAAUUCUCGCUAUAAAUUUGUUUUGAAUAA